UCAGCUUCCCCUAAAAUGUCCAAAAGUGCAGGCUUGUCCGAAGUGGGCCGCCGCCGCCGCCUUUUGUUCCGAGGAGGAGGAAGAGGCCGCGCUCGCCAUGGCGUGCGCCCAGCCGCCGGAAGCUACGAUGAGAUGGUUCCGCAAUUUCUGGACGCCACGUCGUUAACGAGCCACACAAAAGUGUGCUGUCCUGGAUGCAUGUGUGAGAUGCCGUGCCAGCCAGUUGGGCAGCCUCCUGCCUGCGGGGGCUUCUUGGCCGCUCGUCACCUCUUGACCGAGAGCGUCGGAGCUGUUCUGCCCAAAGAUGCAGAGGAGAGAAGGUGCCCGAGGUUCUCGGGGGGCGGGCUCUUCAACGUCACGUCGCUCCUGCUCAGCAAAGAGGACGGCGCGCUCUACGUGGGCGCCCGCGAGGCUCUCUUUGCCCUCGACCCCGCCGACAUUGGCGCGCGGGAGCGCCGGCGAAAGCUGCCGUGGAAAACGCCGGACGAGAAGCGACGCGAGUGCAGUUUCAAAGGAAAAGACCUCCAAACGGAUUGCUUCAACUACAUCAAGAUCUUGCUGCGGCUCAACGGCACCCGGCUGUACGUGUGCGGCACGUACGCCUUCAGCCCCGUCUGCGCCUACGUGGACACGGCCAGCUUCACCUUUGUCGCGAGCGGCUCGGGCGAGGCGCUCGCGGAGGACGGGCGCGGCCGCUGCCCGUUCGACCCCGAGUUCAGGUCCACAGCCGUCAUGGCCGACGGAGAGCUGUUCGCCGCCGCGGUCGGCGACUUCCAGGGAAACGAGCCGGCCAUUUCCAAGAGUCUUGGCCGAGGAGCCGCCCUCAAAACGGAAAGCUCCCUCAACUGGCUUGAAGAUCCGGCCUUCGUUGGCUCCGCCUACAUCCCGGAGAGCCUGCCCCGGGACGACCCGGCGGGCGACGACGAUAAGAUUUACUUCUUCUUCAGCGAGGCGGCAACGGAGUUGGACUUUGUUGACAACGCGGUGGUGUCGCGCAUCGCUCGCGUGUGCAGGGGAGACGCGGGGGGGGAGCGGGUCCUGCAGAAGAAGUGGACCACCUUCCUCAAGGCGCAACUGUCGUGCUCGCUGCCCGGCGACGGCUUCCCCUUCAACGUCAUCCAGGACAUGUUUGUGCUGACGCCCGACCCGCUCGCCUGGAAGGAGACCGUCUUCUACGGGGUCUUUGCCUCUCAGUGGUCCAACGGCGGCACGGGAACUUCGGCCGUGUGCUCCUUCACCAUGGAGCAGGUGCGGAAAGCCUUCGACGGCCGAUACCGCCGGCUCAACCGAGAGACGCGGCAGUGGUCCACUUUCAACGGAGCCGUCCCGGAGCCCCGGCCGGGAUCGUGCAUCACCAACGCGGCCCGCAAACGAGGCGUCCUCUCGUCGCUGCACGUGCCGGACAAGGCGCUGAAUUUCGUGAAGGACCACUUCCUCAUGGACGAGGUGCUGCGCGGCCAGCCGCUGCUGCUCAACCGCCGCGCGCGCUACACGCGCAUCGCCGUCCAUCACGUGGUGGCGGCGGCGGCGCCGCGCCGGGCCUACCGCGUGCUCUUCGUCGGCACAGAUGACGGGCGACUCCACAAAGCCGUGAGCGUGAAGAAGAAGAUGCACGUGAUCGAGGAGCUGCUGCUCUUCCGUCACUCGCGGCCCGUGCGCCACCUGCAGCUGGAUGCGGAGAAGGGUCUUCUGCACGUCUCCACUUUCUCCGAACUGGUCUCGGUCCCGCUCGCCAACUGCAGCAAUUACGCCGGCUGCGGGGACUGCAUCCUCUCCAGGGACCCGUACUGCGCCUGGAACGGCAGGCGCUGCGUCGAGGUCGCGCGGGCGCCGCCCAACCGCUUUCUGCGGCAGGACGUGGUCAACGGCGACGCUCGGGCCGUUUGCGACCAGACGGCGGCCGGCGGGCGCUUCGCCGAGUCUGCGCGCGCACGGUCGCGGCCUUGCCAGAGCAUCGUCAUCCCGGCCGACACCUUCCGCGUGCUGCCUUGCCGGCCGCGCUCCAAGCUGGCGCGGAGGCUGUGGCGCUCCAGCGACGCGUCGGGCCGCUCGCAUUACCCCGGCGCGGAGGGGGGCCUGGCGGUGGUGGCUCGGGCGGGCGGCCGGGAGACCUACGAGUGCUGGUCGCUGGAGGGGGGCUUCCGGCAGCUGCUGGCCAACUACUGCGUGCGCGGCCGGGAACUCGGCCCCCCGCGGCUCGCCGCCGACACCUACUGGAGCCAGCUGGUGGCCGCGUGCGCCCUGCUGGCCUUCUCCCCGCUGCUCUUUGCGCUCUUUGUCAUCUACGGGCACCGCCGGCGCGCCAAGGGGAGCGGGGGCCCCGCCGCGCCGCCCGAGAGGCCCCCGUCGGCGGCCGAGCCCCCCGGGAAUUUGCCGGCCGACCGCGGGGGCCCCCGGCGCCCGUCGCCGGACGGCGGCGAGAGCUUCUCCGAGUCGGUCUCCGCCGCCGCCCCGCGGCCUCGCGUCAGACUGGCCCCCGAGAUCAGGGACUCGCUGGUGUAAAGCCAAACGAAAGGGACGCAAAGCCCUCCGAGGCGAGCGGACUUCUCGCGAGGUGUCAAGCCAAGAGGACAAGUGAGAGCUCAGACGUUGCGUUUCUUGCUUUGGGACUCCGAUGUGGUCCGGGGAAAGGGAGGAUUAUCCCCAGCGGAGGCGCGGCCACUCUCCAGGAAUGAAAGGCGCAUCUCCAGGCGCAAGCGAGAGUGGCGUCGGCACUUUAGACCGGA